GGUGGCCGGUGAGCCGUGUGCGGGUGUAGGGCGCUGAUCAUGGGGGAGGACAGUCAAGUGGGAGAGGUGGUGUUCAGGCGUGGCUGCGGACAGAGCGACGACUCGGACAUCUGGGACGACACGGCGCUGAUAAAGGCAUACGACAAGGCGGUGACCUCCUUCAAAAGUGCCCUGAAGAAUGGUGAAUAUAUUCAGCCAUUUACCACGGACUACAGUAGAACUGGGACAAAACAAAAACAGAAGAAAAACAAAAACAGAAAGAAGAGUCACGUGCAUCCAGAGAGAAAGUGGCGAGUUGGUGAUGCCUGUCAUGCAGUGUGGUCUGAAGAUGGCAACAUGUACUCAGCUACGAUUAAGUCUGUUAAUGAAAAACGUGGAACAUGUGUAGUGAUGUAUACUGGUUAUGGCAAUGAAGAGGAGCAGAAUCUAGCAGAGCUGGUUCCAGCUGACAGUUCUGAGGCAGAGAAUGAGAGUUCUAAACAGAAAAAUGGGCUCAGCCAGCAAUCAACAGAUGAAAGUGAUGCCAUUUCACCUGUCUAUAAAUCUUGCCAAUCAAAUGAAACCAAAUUAAAAACACCAUUGGAUCAGUUUACCUGGAAUCACUGUCUUCCCCCUCAACCACCACAAAUGCCAGGAUUUGGCUUUCCUGGUGCAAAAUUUCACGGUCCGCCGCCUUUCUUACCUGGAUGGUUACCAACUGUUCCAGCAGGACCACCAUUAAUUCCCCCUCCACCUCCGAUGGGGCCAGAUUCAACUGAUGAGGAUGAGGAAGCUUUAGGAAGCAUGCUAAUAGCAUGGUACAUGAGUGGCUAUCACACUGGUUAUUAUUUGGGUCUCAAGCAAGGUCGACUGGAAGCAGGCAUGGGGAAGACUCCUCGUUCUUAGUUUGUUAGAAAAGUGAACGUUUCUCUCCCAAGGAGAGGAGUGCAUCAUUUUGCAAUGGAUUAUGUUCAAAUGUUAUUGGUUUCUGUAUGAAUAAGCCAUUGUUUGGGAAUCGUUGGGAUUGAGUAUCUGCUUUGUAUCGAAUAGUGAAUAAAAUAUUUUGGUUUCAAUUA